UGCACACUGCCUAUAGCAAACAAACAAACAAAAAAAGGUGGGGGAGGCCUUACAUGUCCUGAGAAGACGACCCUGCGCUGGGGGCUUCCUUGUCUGAUGGCCCACUACAGGUCCCGCUAGAGCAACAUGAUGGUGGAAUCUGCGUCGGAGACAAUCAGGUCGGCUCCGUCUGGGCAGAAUGGUGUGGGCAGCCUCUCUGGGCAGGCUGAUGGCGGCGGUGGUGCAGCCGGGGCUGCGGGCACAGCCGGAGGAGGCCCGGGAAGGGACGUGGCCACAGGCGCAGACAGCAACGGUGAGAUGAGCCCUGCGGAGCUGCUGCACUUCCAGCAGCAACAGGCUCUCCAGGUGGCCCGGCAGUUCCUGCUGCAGCAGGCCUCAGGCCUGAGCUCCCCAGGGAACAAUGACAGCAAACAGUCUGCCUCUGCUGUGCAGGUGCCCGUGUCCGUGGCCAUGAUGUCGCCGCAGAUGCUCACUCCCCAGCAGAUGCAGCAGAUCCUGUCACCCCCACAGCUGCAGGCCCUGCUCCAGCAGCAGCAAGCGCUCAUGCUCCAGCAGCUGCAGGAGUAUUACAAGAAGCAGCAGGAGCAACUCCACCUGCAGCUCCUCACCCAACAGCAGGCUGGGAAGCAGCAACCCAAAGAGGCACUGGGGAACAAGCAGCUGGCCUUCCAGCAGCAGCUCCUGCAAAUGCAACAGUUGCAACAGCAGCACCUGCUCAACCUACAGAGGCAGGGGUUGGUCAGCCUGCAGCCCAACCAAGCCUCGGGGCCCCUCCAGGCCCUCCCGCAAGCAGCCGUGUGCCCGUCGGACCUGCCCCAGCUGUGGAAAGGCGAGGGUGCCCCCGGGCAGCCUGCCGAGGACAGCGUCAAGCAGGAGGGGCUGGACCUCACUGGCACGGCUGCCACUGCUACCUCGUUCGCCGCCCCCCCCAAGGUCUCACCCCCCCUCUCCCACCAUACCCUUCCCAACGGACAGCCCACUGUGCUCACAUCUCGGAGAGACAGCUCCUCCCAUGAGGAGACCCCUGGCUCCCACCCCCUCUACGGACAUGGAGAGUGCAAGUGGCCUGGCUGUGAGACCCUGUGUGAAGACCUGGGCCAGUUUAUCAAACACCUCAACACGGAGCACGCCCUGGAUGACCGGAGCACGGCCCAGUGCCGGGUGCAGAUGCAGGUGGUGCAGCAGCUGGAGAUCCAGCUGGCCAAGGAGAGCGAGCGGCUACAGGCCAUGAUGGCUCACCUGCACAUGCGGCCCUCCGAGCCCAAGCCCUUCAGCCAGCCGGUGACCGUCUCUGCAGCAGACUCUCACCCCCCCACCUCGGCCGCUGCCCCUGUCACCCCCCUACGGCCCCCCGGCCUGGGCUCUGCCUCCCUGCACAGCGGGGGCCCUGCCCGACGGAGAAGCAGUGACAAGUUCUGCUCCCCCAUCUCCUCAGAGCUGGCCCAGAAUCAUGAGUUCUACAAGAACGCCGACGUCAGGCCCCCCUUCACCUACGCCUCCCUCAUCCGCCAGGCCAUCCUGGAAACCCCCGACAGGCAGCUGACCCUGAAUGAGAUCUACAACUGGUUCACCAGGAUGUUCGCCUAUUUCCGCAGAAACACUGCCACCUGGAAGAACGCCGUCCGCCACAACCUCAGCUUGCACAAGUGCUUCGUGCGCGUGGAGAACGUCAAGGGCGCCGUGUGGACCGUGGACGAGCGGGAGUAUCAGAAGCGGAGACCGCCAAAGAUGACCGGGAGCCCCACCCUGGUGAAGAACAUGAUCUCCGGCCUCAGCUAUGGAGCACUUAAUGCCAGCUACCAGGCUGCCCUGGCCGAGAGCAGCUUCCCCCUCCUCAACAGCCCUGGCAUGCUGAACCCUGGCUCCGCCAGCAGCCUCCUGCCCCUCAGCCAUGACGACGUGGGUGCCCCCGUGGAGCCACUGCCCAGCAACGGCAGCAGCAGCCCCCCUCGUCUCUCCCCGCCCCAGUACAGCCACCAGGUGCAGGUGAAAGAGGAGCCGGCAGAGGCAGAGGAAGACAGGCAGCCCGGGCCCCUUGGGGUCCCCAACCCCAGCACCAUGGGGCCUCCGGAAGACAGGGACCUGGAGGAAGAGCUGCCAGGAGAGGAGCUGUCCUAAGGGCUUCUGGGGACAGGCAGGGCAGGGGUGAGCCCCCCCCCUACCAGGCCCCAGGCCCCACCCACCCCUGCUCCACAGCCCCCCCAAGACCUCAAGGCACUUCCUGGACUCAGCUGGGGGAGGCCUGGGCCAGCCUCCCAGUGUGACCUGACUGACAAACACGGGGGCAGGGCGGUCUCGCCCCUAAGGGACACAGGACCCCUGGUCUGGGACAGGUGAGGACACAGAGGGCCCAGACCCCUCCUCAGACCCUCCCCCACAUCUGAAUAUGCCUCCCCAACCACCAGCAGCAGCAGGGCCCUCCCCCCCACCAGCUCCCUCGGCCCCUCAUCGCCAUGGAGACCCGCAGGCGGGGCCCAGUCACCCUCAAGCGCCCAGGCUCUGGCAUGUUCCUGGCCAGAGGCUCCCACCCCGCCCCCGUGUGCUCCCUUCCACCUUCUUUUCCGUACUGUGAAGAAAUAACUCUGCACCCCAACUACCCCGGCCCAGCCUUGGGUGGGGAGCGAAGUUUCAGACCAUCCCAGAGGAAACCAGCCCCCUGGCUGUCAGGGCCAGUCCAGUGUGCUCUGUGGGGGUCCCUGUGAGCAGGACCGGGCUGAACUGGGCCUCCUUGCUCUCAUCUGCUGGGUGCUCCUCCAGCCGCCCCCAAGAGAGGGGGGGGUGCCAGUGGUGGCCGCACCCACACAGCCCCGUACCAGGCAGACUCUCGCAGUGAGGCCCAGCCAGGUCCAGAGGCAGUGCCUGGACUGCCAGGAAGCGUCCAGGGCACAGGGGGCAGGGGAGGCUGGAACCCGGCUUCCAGGCACCCCCAGCCUGCAGGUUCCCCUGCGAUCCUCUCCCUGUCCCGCAGCACCCCUUCCCUGUCCCCCAGUUACACGGAUGACCAAAGACCUUUCUUAUGCCGGAAGCAAAAACCAAAACUUUUUGUUGGCUUCUUCCUUUGUCGCCUCCUGAACCCCCAGCUCUGCCAGCCCCCUAUCUUGGCCCCAGGCUGGAAGCCCUCCCUCCACUUAAGUUAUUGUUUUAAACCAAAGUUUACAGUGUCUGUUGGUGGCCAAGACCCUGCCCUCCACCCUGCUCCACUGCACUCCACCCCACUCGGAGGACCCUGGGACUCAGUGGAGGCUGGGGGCUCUGCUCACCUCUCCUCUGCUCCCCCAGCCUGGGGAGAGGCGAGAGGGCGGGGUGGGGAGGCUCUCGUCCCCUUGGGCAGUAGGCACCCUUGUCCCAACCCUGGGCUGCUGCCCCCCUCUAGGACCAAGUCCCCCAUCGAGCUGGGAGUGUGGGUUCCAGCAGAACGGCUGGAAAAACCGAGACUCCACAGACCCCCUAUGGGGGACCCUGACUUAAGGCCAAGGACCGGGUGUGCUGGAUGCUCCUAACACCCCUGGCCUGCCCCUUUGCUGAGAAGACUCCUUGGAUAUCUCCCAAGAGACCCCUGCACCUUCACAAGCCACCCUUCCUGAGAGGCAGGGGGCCCUCGGCCCCUCCCCAUGUCCUCCCCACCUGUGUUCCGUUCGACCAGCACAGAAAUAUUAAACGUCCUCUAUUCACAGGG